AAUCAUAUCACUUUCAAAGGUAAUAAUUCUUAAUCAGGACAAACUCCAAGUCAAAGUUAUUUCCCUUGAACGAUUUUGAAAAUGGCGCGCUUUUUCCGCUUACAUACGGGCACCUGUAUUGAAGCAAAAAUGCCCUCGUUUCUAUUUUCGAACUCAUCACCGCCAUUUUGAUUACUUUGCAAAGAAAAAUAUGUCCUUUGAUGGACAAAAUACUACUCAUCUCCAAGUAGAAAAUGUUGCUGAUUAUGCCCAGCUGUUUUCAGGGGCGAUCUCCCAUGUUGCCCAUGUCACGGAGACGGGAGAAAUCGUGGCCCUGGUGGAGUCCCACAUCCUUGACCCACAGCAAGAGAACAUAGACCCCCAGACAGUCCAAGUUCAGCAGAUCCAGACAGAAGAUGGACAGAUUGUGGAACAGUUGGUGUUUGAACACAUUCCCAUCACACACAUCAUCACCACAGACCAAGUGCAGGAGGCAGAGCAAGCAAAGGUCAAGGUUAAAACCAAGGAGCCAAGGCAACCAAGCAUCAAGCCACCUGUUGGCAAGGGACCUUUUAAAUGUGACACAUGUGAAAAGGUUUUCCCCAAAUGGCCCCAAUAUCAGCGCCACAUGAAAGCUCACGAUGAGGACAAGCCCUUCAGGUGCCCCCACUGCGCCAUGUCCUUCAAUGUGGUGGACAACCUGAAGCUCCAUGUGGCCACCCACGUCCCUGCGGACGGAGAGCCAACAUGUCCGGAGUGUGGGAAGAAGUUCUCCAGGAUUGCCAGUCUAAAGGCUCACAUCAUGCUCCAUGAGAAGGAGGAAAAUCUAAUGUGCACCGAGUGUGGAGACGAAUUCAGUCUUCAAAGUCAGCUUGACAAGCAUAUGCAGGAGCACAGACAGGAGCAGGAGGGGAUGAAGACCUAUCCUUGUAGGCAGUGCACACAGGAGUUCACCAAGCCUAUCUUCCUGAAGGAGCACAUGAAGCAGCACUACAGAAUCAAAUCCUCUCUAGCGCACAGACCAUACAAGAGAAAUGUGGACAGGUCGGCCUUCCAUUACAAGUGUCAGCACUGCGGGAAAACGUUUCAGAAACCCAGUCAGCUACAGAGGCAUAAUCUCAUACACACAGGUGAACGUCCAUUCAAGUGCAUUGAGUGUGACAGGGCAUUCAAUCAGAAGGGGGCUCUCAGGAUUCACAUGAGUAAGCACACAGGACUGAAGCCCCACCCCUGUGAUUUCUGUCCUAUGUCUUUUGCCCAAAGAGGAAAUCUAAGGGCUCAUAUACAGCGAGUGCACACCCUGGGUAGGGACGGUGAGGACGGGCCCACCUACCAGUGUGAGGAGUGUAGCUGUGUAUUCAAGAAGCUGGGCAGUCUGAAUGCCCACAUCAGUCGGGCCCACCAGGACUGUGGGGCACUUCCAACUCAAGUGGAAAUCAAGCCUUCUGGUCCACUGGGCAAUAUUGUCAACAUCAACAGUGUUGAAGAUAUGGCGACAUCAGAUGACAUUUUGCGUCAAGCUCUCGAAAAUAGUGGCCUCCCAAGUGGUUCUGAAGUGGUAUCUGGGGUAGAGAAUGUGGCAGCAUCUGGAACCACAACGGCACCUGUAAUAACUGCCACCUCAUCCUCCGCAGCUACAGAUCCCACUCCUAUAGCGCCUGAUAACGUGGUCCGCCCACCCCCUCAGUAUCCUCAUAAUAACCUCUCAACCAUGACAGUUCAUGACACAGCCACAGGGAUGGUGAAGAGACAUGUCAUCAGAAAGGUGAAUGGAGUUCGGUGGCAUCAAUGUACCUACUGCAGUAAAGAGUUUAAAAAGCCCAGUGAUCUCGUGCGACACAUUCGCAUCCACACCCACGAGAAGCCUUACAAGUGCACCCAAUGUUUCCGAGCCUUCGCAGUGAAAAGCACGCUGACCGCCCACAUCAAGACCCACACGGGGGUCAAGGACUACAAGUGCUCCUCCUGCGACAAGUUGUUCUCCACUCAAGGAAGCCUUAAGGUCCAUCUUAGAAUGCACACAGGUGCCAAGCCCUUUGAGUGCCCUCAGUGUGACAAGCUGUUCCGUACCUCAGCACACAGGAAGUCCCACAUCCAGUCUCACUUCAAAGAGUUGCAGGAGGACGCUGACGGGACGUCCAAGAAGAGAGCGUUCAAACGAAUCUCCCACAAAUCAGGAGACCUGCCUGAUAUUCCACUGCAGGAACCAAUACUCAUCACUGAUACAGGUCUCAUACAGCAGCCUUCGCGCCACAACUUGUUUAACCAGUACCUAGGUGAGGCGGGCAGUGUGGACCGGCCCUACAAGUGUGGCUUCUGUCAGAGGGGCUUCAAGAAGUCCAGCCACCUCAAGCAGCACAUCAGAUCUCAUACUGGGGAGAAACCUUUUAAGUGCCUUCAGUGCACCAGAUCUUUUGUAUCCAGUGGUGUUCUUAAGGCUCACAUUAGGACACACACUGGUCUGAAAGCCUACAAGUGCUUGAUCUGCGACAGCACGUUUACAACCAAUGGAAGUCUGAAGCGUCAUAUGUCGACACACAGUGAGGUCAGACCCUUCAUGUGCCCAUAUUGUCAGAAGACAUUCAAGACCAGUGUCAACUGCAAGAAACACAUGAAGACACACAGACAUGAGCUCGCCAUCCAGGCUCUGCAGACUGGUGACCAGGAUGACAACUCUCUAAUUGAACACAAGAAAGAACAAGACCAGAAUCUGGUCAUUGAGAACCAGAUGGUAGAACUGGGUCUAACCCAACAGGAGUUGUCCGUUCCAACAUCCGGAGCACAAGGAGAUUUGGGACAGCAGGCUAUUUUAGCUGCAGAUUCUCUGGACAAUUUCCAGCAAGCCUUGAAUCAGCAGAUUUUUGGACAACAACAGACUUUCACCCAGAGUCUCCUGGGAUCAGGGCAGCAAAACUUCAGCCAGCUCAACUCCCAAAUGCACGCCCAAGCUUCGGACAGCAAUGACAUUAACGCAGCAUCCAGCAACCAGCUGACAAAUGGGAACCAGUUUAACCCCCUAAAUAACCAGGUCACCUCCCAGGUGGCCACUCAACUCAACACACAGAUUGGAGGAUUCAACCAAAACCAGUUCAGCAUGCAGAACCAGUCAAUACAAGGGAAUCUGGACAUCAACAAUCUGCAGGCCACAUUCAGCUCUCAGGGAGUUACUUCCCUUACCACAAGUCUCCCCAGUACAUCCAUGCAGAAUAUCCUGCCUACAAGUGAGUUGUCUCUCCCUGAGGCGGAGGAACCUGAGUCUGUGUCAGAGACUGAGCAGCCCAGCGCGGUGAUACACCGCCAGAGGAUAGAGCCCGAGCAGCCGUACGAGUCAAUGUCAGGCUACGGCCGCAAGUCCCACCGCUGUGACGUCUGUGUCAACAAAGUCUUCAAGAAGCUCAGUCACCUCAAACAGCACUACAGGACUCACACAGGGGAAAAACCUUACAAAUGCAUCACCUGUGAAAAAGAAUUCGUGUCUUCUGGCGUACUUAAAGCUCACAUGAAAACUCACAUGGGAACGAAGGAUUUCCGGUGUGAGAUUUGUAAUGCUGCCUUCACGACGAAUGGCUCUCUCACUCGCCACAUGAAUGUUCACAUAACCUACACUAAGCGCCCCUUCAAGUGUAGUGAGUGUGAUCAAUCGUUCCGUACAGCCAGCCAGUGUAAGAGACACGAGAAGCAACACAGACCAGAUUACGGUGAAGAGCCCCAGCUCCCUACAAGGACUCGGAACAAAGCAGUUAUCCAGGUAUCCGAGGAUCCAGGGGAGAGUCUGAACAGCGGCCAGGAGCCGGAGAUAAACCUGUCCCUGUCCGAGAAAAUCCUCAUGGAGUCCGCCAAGAAAGAGACCCCCGAAGAGAAAACCCCAGAAGAGCCUGAUGAGCCGUCAGGGGGAAAGCACGCCCACCAGUGUCCUCACUGUCCCAAGUCCUUCAAAAAACCCAGCGAUCUUGUGCGGCAUAUCAGAAUCCACACUGGGGAAAAACCAUUCGCUUGCGAUAUCUGCAGUCGAUCCUUUACAGUCAAAUCCACUCUUGACAGUCACAUGAAAACCCAUGGGGCCAACAUGAAAAAAUUCAGCUGCCACAUUUGUGGCUCCCGAUUUUCGACCAAGGGAAGCCUGAAAGUCCAUAUGCGUCUUCACACAGGAGCCAAGCCUUUCAAGUGUCCACACUGUGAUUUGAGGUUCAGGACCUCAGGUCAUCGUAAGAGCCACAUAGUAGGUCACCUCAAACCGGAUCUUCCAAAGAAGAGGAGGUCCCUACUGCAGGACGAUGACAUGGCAAACCAGAGUCAACAGCAGAUCAACAUGAUCAACGUCCCCGACAUCCAGAAUGUGAUGAGCACCAGUCAAGCCAGCGGUCAGGUGAUCAGCAUCGAACCCUCGCUGUUCCAAUCACAGAACAUCCUCCCCGUGUCACUGUCACUGACCGAUAGCAUGGGUCAGAUCCAGGAGAGCACGCUUGCAGCCCAUGUGCUGCAGGGGCUGGAAAAUGUCCAGCUUCAGCUGACCGGGAGCAUGGGGCAGGGCGGGAUACAGAUCAGUGGGCUGGACCCCAGUAUAUUCUCCCAGACAGUACAAAUCGAUGCCAGCUUACUGCAACAGCUGCAGCAACAGGGCAAUGUCAACAUCACCAUUAACCCCAGUCUGCUGACGCAGGGCAUGCAGGUGGCUGACCCCAAUGUGGUGCAGGGUCUACAGAUUCAGACAGUAGGUGACCAGAAUGGCCAGGGUGUCCUGUCCCAGGCCAGUAUGAGCCUGGACAACCAGCCGUCCAUUAUACAGAUACCUACAGGCUCCCAGGAUGGUGCCCCCAACGCCUUCGUCGUCACUGCUGAUGGGACACUCGCCUCAGAUCAACAGAUCACAGUAAAUCAAGGUGAUUUGCAGCAAGUGGAAGGUCUGGUGACCCAGAUCCCGCCAGACCUGUCCCAGAACAUCAGUCCGGGAAUCCACCAAGAGAUGGACCCUCCCCCGGACUCCUUGGAGGAGAAGAUGCAGCAGGAUGAGGUGGAUGAUGACGACCUUUCAGGGCUGGAUGAUUCUGAGGAGGAAGACGAGGAACAUGCGAAUCACCUUGGAACAGUAGAUGAAGACAACUCUGGUCUUCUGAAUGAUCCGGGCAGCAAUACUGAUGAACAGGACAGUCUGAGUCAUGCUAAUGAUACUCUCACUCACGGGAGCGAGUCGGCCAAUGUCAGCCUCAGCGACGCAGUGCAGGGAGAGGAAACAAAGCAGUUCUCUUCUGACAGACAGUAUAUUUGUGGGGUUUGCCAUAAAGGAUUUAAAAGAGCUUGUCAUCUGAAGGAACACAUGAGUAUCCACACAACACCCAGUGGAGGAUCCAAACAAGCCAAGCCCUCAGUACACAAGUGUACGGAGUGUGAGAAAAGCUUCCAGAAACCCAGUCAGCUGGAGAGACAUUUCAGAAUUCACACAGGAGAGCGUCCUUUUGUGUGUCAGAUCUGCAACAAAGCUUUCAACCAGAAAAAUGCCUUGAACAUUCACAUAAAGAAACACACUGGUGAAAAACCUCAUAAAUGUGAUUACUGUGAACUGUCCUUCUCUCAGAAAGGCAAUCUAAAGACCCACAUAAAGCGGGCCCACCACAUGGACAUGGUCCACAGCAUGAACCUCCCAAAGACACUGUACGUCCCUCCCUCAGCGGGAGGGCUGGACGAGGAGAUGAAUGCCAAGGAGGAGGGGUCCACCGCAGAAGAGGACCAAAUUAACCUUGAACAAGUGGCCCAAGAGCUGUUUCCACAGUGAGGGGUUUACAUGUCAUUGUUGACCAUUGUGAGUGAAAAAGGCAGUGUUCAGGUUGCUUUUGGCCUUUGUGGGUGUAAGGGGCAGUUCUUGUGUACAAUACAGUCUAUGCCCACUAAAAACCAGGGGAAAUUAGGAAAUACUCGGGGAAUUCGUUUUAUAGAACCAGGAUCUUCCUAUUGAAGAGAUCUUGUGAUUGGUUGGUGGAGACGUGAGGGCCUGACAGAUCAUAAUAAGUUAUUCUAGUCAUCCAAAUAUUUUUAUUAUUUAAUUUAUCAAAUGUCUGCUUCGAAGGUGUAAAAGAAAUAAUGUAACAAGUGUGAGGACAAUGAUAGGGAAGUUGUAUAAAGCGGAUCUGUUUUUGUUAUGUCUUAUGAUGAAUUUUUAACUUAAUAUUUAAUAUUACUCCAAACUUGAUUUGAUGUGCUUCCAAAAUAAAACAGAAAUCUUGACAUAA